AUGAAGAUGUCCGACGGUCUCUUCCUGAGCACCGCCCGUGAGAUCUCCAAGGAAUUCCCCGACAUCGAGUUCGACGCUGAGCUUUUGGACAACACCUGCUUGAAGAUGGUCACAGACCCCGUCCCAUACAACGACAAGGUUCUCGUCAUGCCCAACUUGUACGGAGACAUUUUGUCCGACAUGUGUGCCGGUCUUAUUGGUGGUCUUGGUCUGACCCCCUCUGGUAACAUUGGUGACAAGAGCUCCAUCUUUGAGGCUGUUCACGGUUCCGCGCCAGACAUUGCUGGUAAGCAGCUCGCCAACCCCACUGCGCUCCUUCUCAGCUCCAUCAUGAUGUUGCGACACAUGGGCUUGAACCAGGAGGCAGCAAACAUCGAGCAGGCCAUUUUCAAGGUUCUAUCUGAGGGCAAGACCAUCACCGGUGAUCUCGGUGGGAAAUCCAAGACCUACGAAUAUGCCGACGCUGUUAUCAAGGCCCUUAAGUAA